CGUAAGACAGUCUGGGCAUCCGCCGAACAGUUACCUACAGAAAUUUGACAAGUUUGAAAACCUGGGCAGACAACGACCUGACGUAAAACAAUCAACUGAAAAAUGUUAAGCUUCUUGUUAUUGUUCGUAGUAGGAUUAGGAUUUGUGAUUCCUAUGAGUGAGGGAUUUGUUUACCAAGGAGCUUACGACACCUCAAAUGGUUUUUGUGAAGGUAAAGGUUUCCGAGUGCCAGUCGGAUCAGUUGGUUACAAUGACAGGCAAUGUACGAAAAUUAUUUGCAGUGACGGAUACAUAGACGUCACAGGGUGCGGAACAAUAUCUGGCCCUCCUAACUGUCGCCUUCACAGACCUAAAGGACAUUAUCCCAGCUGUUGCCCGAAAAUUGUGUGUGACUGAAUACAUUAUACUGAAGUCAUAAAAACUGCAUAUUUUCUUCAUUUCUGUUUGAAUAAACUUCCAUAUUUUAUCUUCA